AUGCGCGCCACGGUCUUUGCUUUGCUGACUGCCCUAAGUGCAUCGCUUGUCCAUGCCCAGGGAUAUAGUGCAGAGUGUUCCGAUAUCUAUCUCAAUGAAGGUUGGCUAGUUGCAACCUGUCCCAAGGAUGACGCCAAUGGCAACAUCACUAGCAGUGUCUUUCUGCCGAACAAGGUUACCAACAAUAAUGCUGUACUUCAGUGGGCCGUCGACGGAGCUUACUGGAAUUCCUGCAAGGACUGCUCGCUCACCAAUAGCGGGUCAACACUCCAAUGCUCGUGCUUAGGUUCAGCAUCCCCGUACAGCAACACAACAUUGAAUCUAGAGGAACAUAUCGCCAACUAUAACGGGCACCUCCUUUCCAACCUCGCCGGGGCUGUCACCACUGUUCCAGCGGAUUCCUCGUACCCCGUGCCCACGGAAUUUGAUGUGGUGCUCGAGUUGUCAACAGUGAACAAUUCAUGCGCCGGAAUUGGAGGCACCCUCACAAUGAACCGCCCAACAAGCUGCUUCUAUCUCAACUUCGGACAAGGCAUAGAGUACUCCUGGGCAUGCGGCACCUCGGUGAACAACCAAGGCUGGGAGAUUGUAGGGUACUCUGAUAAAGAUUGCACAAGUAGCCCAGUUGCGACCUUCACAGAGGGAAACCAGGGCACUUGCUUGACAUUCUCGACAGGUGUCAAAAGUUUCUAUGUGACUCCACUGUGGAAUGCGGACUAA